UUCGGCUAGCGUCCGGCAGGGAAUUACCCGAGGAGCCCUAACUUGUAUAAAAGCAGAGUCCAUUUAAAGUUGGGCUGGAUAGCCUCUCUCUCAUUGGUUAGUGGGCUUGGAAAAAAGAGACUCGGCGAGCCCUCGCUGUGGUGCUGCCGCCGCCGCUGGAGUUGACUCUUCUGCUCGCACUGCUGCUGCAGCACAAACGUGACUUCCAACAUUUUUUAUUUACCUUUCCCUUUUCUUUUCCAAGAUGUAACUACAGAUCAGACACUAAGGACCUUCACGUUUCGCUGAUGUAGUUUUUGGAGGAAAAAGGGGGGGAGUGAAGGGCGUCGGUUUUCUUUUUUUUUUGUGUGUGUGUGUUUCGGGGGAAAUUUUCCAUUAUGGGUGUUUUACUAAAGUGAUUUUUUUUUUGUUUGUUUGUUUGCUUCGUUCGUCUUUGGCUCUUUUUUUUUUCCUUCCCAAUUUCGGAUUUAUUUCAAGGCGAAUCGGGCUUUGGGGGAAGAGGAAGAAAAGUCGGAUUACAAGAUCAACCACCACCAACAACAAUAAAAAGCACCAGGAUAUUUUUUUGCAAAUUUCUGACGGCUUUAAAUUCAUGAAGCAAUUGUCCCUUUUUGCAAUCAGCAUUUGGAUCUCAGAAUGAGCAAGGAAAGACCCAAGAGGAAUAUCAUUCAGAAGAAAUACGAUGACAGUGAUGGGAUUCCAUGGUCAGAAGAAAGGGUGGUACGUAAAGUCCUUUACUUGUCUCUGAAGGAGUUCAAGAAUGCCCAGAAGAGGCAGCAUGGUGAAGGCAUUGCUGGGAGCCUGAAAACAGUGAACGGGCUCCUUGGUAAUGGCCAGUCUAAGGGAUUAGGACCAGCAUCAGAACAGUCAGAGAAUGAGAAGGAUGAUGCAUCCCAAGUGUCCUCUACUAGCAACGAUGUUAGUUCUUCAGAUUUUGAAGAAGGGCCGUCGAGGAAAAGGCCCAGGCUGCAAGCACAAAGGAAGUUUGCUCAAUCUCAGCCGAAUAGUCCCAGCACAACUCCAGUAAAGAUAGUGGAGCCAUUGCUACCCCCUCCAGCUACUCAAAUUUCUGACCUCUCUAAAAGGAAGCCUAAGACAGAAGAUUUUCUUACUUUUCUCUGCCUUCGAGGUUCUCCUGCGCUGCCCAAUAGCAUGGUGUAUUUUGGAAGCUCUCAGGAUGAGGAAGACGUUGAGGAGGAAGAUGAUGAGACAGAAGACAUCAAAACAGCCACCAACAAUGCUUCAUCUUCAUGCCAGUCAACCCCCAGGAAAGGAAAAACCCACAAGCACGUCCACAAUGGGCAUGUUUUCAACGGUUCCAGCAGGUCAUCACGGGAGAAAGAACCUGUUCAAAAACACAAAAGCAAGGAGGCCACUCCCAGCAAGGAGAAGCACAGUGAUCACCGGGCCGACAGCCGGAGGGACCAGGCUCCAGCGACCCAGCCCCCCAUGGCCCCCUCCACGGGCUCCUCGGCCAAGGGGCCCGCUGCUAACCACCACCACCCCCCUCUGCAUCGGUCGGCUCAGGACUUACGGAAGCAGGUUUCGAAGGUAAACGGAGUCACUCGAAUGUCAUCUCUGGGUACAAGUGCAACCAGUGCCAAAAAGAUGCGCGAAGUCAGACCUUCACCGUCCAAAACUGUGAAGUACACUGCAACGGUGACUAAGGGGACUGUCACAUACACCAAAGCCAAGAGAGAACUGGUCAAGGAAACCAAACCCAAUCACCACAAGCCCAGUUCAGCUGUCAACCACACAAUCUCAGGGAAAACUGAAAGUAGCAAUGCAAAAACCCGCAAACAGGUGCUAUCCCUCGGGGGGGCGUCCAAGUCCACCGGGCCCGCCGUCAACGGCCUCAAGGUCAGUGGCAGGUUGAACCCAAAGUCAUGCACUAAGGAGGUGGGGGGGCGGCAACUGCGGGAGGGGCUGCGGAAUUCCAAGAGGAGACUGGAAGAGGCACACCAGGCAGAGAAGCCGCAGUCGCCCCCCAAGAAGAUGAAAGGGGUGGCCGGCUCUGCCGAAGCCCCUGGCAGGAAGGUGGCGGCAGCCCUAGCCCCGGCCCCGGCCCCGGCCCUUGCUCCGGCCCCGGUCCCGGCCUCUGCCCCUGCUCCGGCCCCGGCGCCGGCCCCGGCGGAGAGAGCUCUGCUGAACGGACACAUGAAGAAGGAAGUGCCCGAGCGGAGCUUGGAGAGGAACCGGCCGAAGCGGGCCGCGGCCGGGAGGAGCACGCCGGGUAGACAAGCACACGGCAAGGACGGCACCUCCUGUGAAAAUCGUUCUACCUCGCAAUCGGAGCCCUUGCACAAGCCGCAGGAGGCGGCAGCCAAGCCCGAGAAGGGGGCCGGCCGGGUCGGGUGGGCGGCCAUGGACGAGAUCCCCGUGCUCAGGCCGUCGGCCAAGGAGUUCCACGACCCACUCGUCUACAUCGAGUCGGUGCGCGCUCAGGUGGAGAAGUACGGCAUGUGCAGGGUCAUCCCCCCUCCGGACUGGCGGCCUGAGUGCAAGCUCAACGACGAGAUGCGGUUCGUCACGCAAAUCCAGCACAUCCACAAGCUGGGCCGACGCUGGGGCCCCAACGUGCAGCGGCUGGCCUGCAUCAAGAAGCACCUCAGAUCUCAGGGCAUCACCAUGGACGAGCUCCCGCUCAUAGGAGGCUGCGAGCUCGACCUGGCCUGCUUUUUCCGGCUGAUUAACGAGAUGGGCGGCAUGCAGCAAGUGACUGACCUCAAAAAAUGGAACAAACUCGCGGACAUGCUGCGCAUCCCCAAAACUGCCCAGGACCGGCUGGCCAAGCUCCAGGAGGCUUACUGCCAGUACUUGCUGUCCUAUGACUCCCUGUCCCCCGAGGAGCACAGGCGGCUGGAGAAGGAGGUGCUGAUGGAGAAGGAGAUCCUGGAGAAGCGGAAGGGGCCCCUGGAGGGCCAUACGGAGCACGACUACAACAAGUUCCACCCCCUGCCCCGCUUCGAGCCCAAGAACGGGCUCAUCAACGGCGUGGCCCACAGGAACGGCUUUCGCAGCAAGCUCAAGGAAGUGGGCCAGGCCCAGCUCAAGACGGGCCGGCGGCGACUCUUUGCUCAGGAAAAGGAAGUGGUGAGAGAGGAGGAGGAAGACAGAGGCGUUCUCAGCGACUUCCACAAGUGUAUAUACAAGGGAAGGUCUGUUUCUUUAACAACGUUUUAUCGAACAGCAAGAAACAUCAUGAACAUGUGCUUUAGCAAGGAGCCCGCACCAGCUGAAAUUGAGCAAGAGUACUGGAGGUUAGUGGAGGAGAAGGACUGCCACGUGGCCGUGCACUGCGGCAAGGUGGACACCAACACGCACGGCAGCGGAUUCCCAGUGGGAAAAUCAGAACCAUUUUCAAGGCAUGGAUGGAACCUCACCGUCCUCCCCAAUAACACAGGGUCCAUCCUGCGUCACCUCGGUGCUGUGCCUGGAGUGACAAUUCCCUGGCUAAAUAUUGGCAUGGUCUUUUCUACCUCAUGCUGGUCUCGAGACCAAAACCACCUUCCCUACAUUGACUACUUACACACUGGUGCUGACUGCAUUUGGUAUUGCAUUCCUGCUGAGGAGGAGAGCAAGCUCGAGGACGUGGUCCACACUCUGCUGCAGGCCAACGGGACCCCAGGGCUGCAGAUGCUGGAGAGCAAUGUCAUGAUCUCCCCAGAGGUGCUGUGCAAAGAGGGGAUCAAGGUGCACAGGACCGUGCAGCAGAGCGGCCAGUUUGUCGUCUGCUUCCCAGGAUCCUUUGUGUCCAAAGUGUGCUGCGGCUAUAGCGUCUCUGAGACCGUGCACUUUGCCACCACCCAGUGGACAAGUAUGGGCUUCGAGACGGCCAAGGAAAUGAAGCGUCGCCAUAUAGCUAAGCCAUUUUCCAUGGAGAAGUUACUCUACCAGAUCGCACAGGCAGAAGCAAAGAAGGAGAACGGCCCCACUCUCAGCACCAUCUCGGCCCUUCUGGAUGAGCUCAGGGAUACGGAGCUGCGGCAGCGGAGGCAGCUGUUCGAGGCCGGCCUCCAGUCCUCUGCCCGCUACGGCAGCCACGACAGCAGCAGCACCGCGGCGGAUGGGAAGAAAAAGCCUCGAAAAUGGCUGCAGCUGGAGACCUCGGAGAGGAGGUGUCAGAUCUGCCAGCACUUGUGCUACCUGUCCAUGGUCGUUCAGGAGAAUGAGAACGUGGUGUUCUGCCUGGAGUGCGCCCUGCGCCACGUGGAGAAGCAGAAGUCCUGCCGAGGACUGAAGUUGAUGUAUCGCUACGAUGAGGAACAGAUUAUCAGUCUGGUCAAUCAGAUCUGUGGCAAGGUAUCUGGUAAGAACGGCAGCAUGGAGAACUGUCUCAGUAAACCGACACCAAAAAGGGGGCCUCGCAAGAGAGCGACAGUGGACGUGCCGCCCUCCCGGCUUGCGUCCUCCGGGUCAUCCAGGAGUGCUGCGAGCUCGUCCUGAAGCUGCCAACACCGCGGUCGAUUGAGAUCUAUUUUUUUGUAAUUAUUAUAUUCUAGUUUGGAGUACUUGCUGUAGGAUACAAGCUGUCUUUGCACUAGCUCUAAAGAAGAUUUUCUUCUGGUUUUAGAGAACUAAUUUUGUUUUAGCAUUAAACUGUUGAACUUUUUUUUGUACUUAGAAUACCUAGAUACUGCAGUCAGAUUUUUGAAACUGCCGUAUAGUCACUGUUUUAAAACCCUUGAGGGGCUGUAUUAAUUUGUAUUGCCCCUGUGGCUGACAAAAGCCUUUUUGUUCUGUUUCGUUUUUGUAACUGUUGGGGAAUAAAGGCUUUUUAACCCAUUUUUGAAGAGGGUGAAGUUUGGAGAACAAAUUUUAAAACCUUCAGUCAUGUGAGCAGAUUUUUCUAGAGAGGUAAAAGGGAUAGGAGACACAUACACACGAAACUUGAAAAGAAAUGGCUUUACUUUGGCUGUCUUUUCUUCAGUCAUGUGCAAGAUGAGUUUGUAACUUUAAAAACCGGAGAACCCCCCUUUUGUUUCUCUGGGCGGUUGUGGCAGCUGAAGGCGGACGUGUUUCCUAACCAUAGGCAAAGCGAGGAGACUUGAGUGACGAGUUCUCUUUACCAGCACAUCACUAUGCAUCUGAGGAGAAGAGAAGAGAGAAGACUGCCUGCCUCGGAGGGGUCACGUGCGGAAACCUGUGCCUGAUUUCAUUAGGAAAUCCAUUCUGUUAUUUUUUGGUGCUGUUGGCUACUUUAUCAAAAAACCCUUCAAUAGCAUCCUUAAGGAAAAAAAAGGAAAAAAAGUGAUUGAAGCCGUAAGUGCUUCUUUGUCAUAGACGUGCAAUCUUUCUAACAUUCCAUCUUCAUCUCACUGCUUGUUUCACACCUCACAAGUCAGCAUUAAUCUUUUUAAAUUUGUUUCGUUUAUGAUCACACUUAGAGCCACUAGGAGGUCUGCAGUUCUUUUUGAAUGUGAAAAUGCAUUUGCGCUCAUCUUGUCUAUUUUUUCUCUUCAUGUUGUAACAAAAAGAAAAAAAAGAAAAAAAAAAGAAUCCCAUCCUUUUGUACAUAUGCCUGUAAAUUGUUUUAAAUACUUGAGCCUUUUUCUCAGUGGGAGUGGGGAGGGGGGUGAGAAGACAAGAUGAAGAAAAGCCUUACAUUUCAGUUUCUUCAUCGGUUGGAUUGGAUGCUUACAGGGUUUUUCUUGUAACAUUUAUAAGUGCUGCUUACAUCACUGAACAACAACAAAAUAAUAAUGGAGUAGCUGUUGCCCUUCUCCGGUUGUGUGUACAGUAUGUGUGGAAUAAAGAAGGGAAACUGUUUUCACAAGCUGUUCUUUGUUUCAUAAUUGGAUUCAUCGAUCCCGUAGCUACCCAUAUUGCACUGAGCUUGCCAGUGGGACUGUCAGGAACGUCCUGUGAUCCACUUUGUUGGUUGUUGUUGCAGAAGACUGAACUGUUUUGGAAUAUUUAACAAUUACAUAAACAGUCAAGUGUUUUCCAAUGUGGUUGUCCGGUUUUUAUGGCCUUGCUGUGUACUUUCCCUCUUUUUGACAGUAAACUUCUGCCUAUGGCUUACAGUUUGACAUUUAAUUUAUUAGCGCUGCUCUGCACUCCUCCCUUGGGAGGGAAAACUUCAUGUUGUUUAUUGCCAGUUUUUUGUUUACUUUUCAGGUUUGUACUACAAGGUUUAAUAAUAAAAACAAAGUUUUUUGGA